AUGAAGAUAGUAAUUCUUCUAUCAUUAUUGUCACUUGUGGUUGCCAAUGACCACUUUUAUUACAAUUUGAUACCCUUGGAAAUAACAGCUUUAGCAAAGAACCCUAAGCAGAUAUUCGAAUUCAUUGACUGCUUGCUUGAUAAGGGUCCUUGCAAUGAUGUCUUUGAAGGCUAUAGAGCCGUCGCUUUGGAAGCUGUCCAGCAGGCUUGUAAGAGAUGCACCGCUGAUCAAAAAAGAUUUGGUAACAUCUUUUUAGCGAUUCUGAGAAAGUUGCUGCCUGAUGAAUACCACAGUUUUAGAUAUAAAUACGACCCCAAAAACAAACAUUUCGAUGCUCUGGAAGCAGAAUUGAGCAAAUAUAAAUAUCUGCCAUGUCUAUAA